AAAGUUUCGUAGAUCAUUUUACAACAGAUUUUGACCACUCUUACUAAAGUUUUUAAGAUUAAAACUAAAAAUUGAAGUGAUUCGAUUGAAUAGAUCUUGCAAAAAAAAAUAAAAAUGAAAAAGUAGUAUUUAUGCCUUUUUAUUUCUAGUUGUAACACUUGAUUGUAAUGUGUAAACAUUAGAUACAUAUAAUCAUGUUCACAAAUUCACUAGACGGCCCGAUACAACAUUCUCACCAAAGAGUGGACCAUUACGCUACCAUAGACAUGUUCAAAACAAAAAAUGAAUACAUAUAUAAAAUAUUUACAUUGUUUUGGAUUUUCUACAUAUUUUUUCAUAAUUUUUCAGUCAAAAGAACAUUUUCAACUGUUAUGGGAGUCGUAACGGUCGUAACGCCCUUGUAACGGCUGUUAGGGCCAAUACCCGUAUCGGUAAUGGUGGUGACUAUUACAGCCACCGUUGCCGAUACGGAAUACCUUGAUCUAGGGUCACCUAAUGAGUGUUUAUGUGUGCAGAUGGUACAUUUUAUUGCAAAUAUUACCUUUUUUAUUUUUUUUUAUAUUACUCGGCCUGUGUACAUCUUGUGCAUGACUUUGCCUAUGAUUGAUAAUUGCAGUUCUUAUCUUGGUUUCUCAUUGAAUGUCUUAUUUAGUUGGGAAUCAUUUCGCAAAGAAUCAUGGAUUAGAUCUACACAAGGUUGUAUUCAAACAGGCUAUUGAUGCAGGUCUCAAAGUCUGGUUCUGUAAAAGUGGAGAAGCUUAUGAAUGUCGAACGAUACUCCUAUGUGAUGCACAUUAGCUCGACUGUGAGAUCUUUUGCUUUCAGUCAUAAAUGGAUGGAAAAUAGAACUUUGACAAAGUUCCAAAGUCUUACAUAUUACUUCUACGUUUUGUUGAAAUUCUUGAUACAUAUUGGCUAAUAUGAUAUGAAUUUGUCAAUAAUCUGCUGACCUCUACCAAAAUAAAGGGGUUUGGAUCUUCCAAUCUGAUGGAGAUUUGUAGGGCAUCCUCCAUCUACAGUUCGGGCUCCAAUCCUUUUAUUUUAGAUUACAUCUUCUCUAUGAUUCUGAAAAGUUGCAUUCCCAUAGCUUUUAUCAUGACAAUGAACCUUGAGUGAGCAAACAAACUCCAAUUCAAAUACCUUAUUAUAUGUCAUUGAAGCUUUUAACACUGGAUGUGUACUGUUUGGUAGCAACUGGCUCAAAACCUGGUAGAAAAUUCAAGUGUUUUUUUCUUUUUUUUUUUUUUUUUUUUUUUUUUUUUUUUUUUUUUUUUUUGUGUGCAGGUUAUGGGGGACUUGUUGGAUCAUCAAACUAGCUGGAAUGCUGGAACAUAAUCUAUUGUUGCAGUUUAAUGCGGACCAGUGUAUUUGGAAAAGUUGCACCAGUCCUCUAUCUAGACCAGUGUAUUUGGAUAACAACACUUCACAAUUGCCCGAUGCAAAAAUGAAGAAAUUUACAGAAGAUGCUAUCAAAUUCAAAAUGGAUGACACUGCUGAACUGUAUGACUUUGAUGAUGAGAAGAUUUGUCGUCCGUUCGCAGAACUGAUCCGAUUAUAGCAACUUCAGAACACUUGGAUUUAAGAUGGAUGGAUGGGAUGGAAGUUGGAUCAAGUUGGUUGGGAGAAGCAUUUUUGGUUUUGCUGCUGCAGCUACCACUGUGAUUGCCAUCAGCUGCGAUUCCUUGGGCCUCGCGGAGUCUCUCAUCAUUGCUUUCCCUGCUUCUCAUGGAGAGCUUGAUCGGCCUCGUGAAUAGGAUCGAGAGGGCCUAUAUGGUCCUCGGCGAUUACGGUGGCGACAACUUCUUGCUAACUCUUUGGGAAGCCCUUCCGUUCAUUGCUGUCGUCAAUGGACAGGUUCGUCUCUCAAUCUG